AUGGAGUCGUCGCGUGGGCCCCCGAGGGUUAAGAACAAGGCCGCUGCGCCUAUCCAGAUCAGCGCCGAACAACUCUUGCGCGAGGCUGUCGACCGCCAGGAACCCGGUCUUCAGGCCCCUACCCAGCGCUUUGCCGACUUGGAAGAGCUUCAUGAAUACCAGGGCCGCAAGCGCAAGGAGUUCGAAGACUAUGUCCGCCGCAACCGCCUUAACAUGGGCAAUUGGAUGCGCUAUGCUGCCUGGGAACUUGAGCAGAAGGAAUACCGCCGCGCGAGAUCUGUCUUCGAACGCGCCCUCGAUGUCGAACCCACCAACGUUCCCCUAUGGCUACGCUACAUUGAAGCCGAGAUGAAGACGAGGAACAUCAACCAUGCCAGAAACUUGCUCGACCGAGCCGUCACAAUCCUGCCCAGAAUUGACAAGCUAUGGUACAAGUACGUCUAUAUGGAGGAAACCCUCGGCAAUAUUCCUGGUACUCGUCAGGUCUUUGAGAGAUGGAUGAGCUGGGAGCCUAGCGAAGAUGCUUGGGGGGCCUACAUCAAGAUGGAGAAGAGAUAUGGAGAAUUCGACCGCGCUCGCUCAAUCUUCGAGAGGUUUACCAUUGUUCACCCGGAACCCAAGAAUUGGAUAAAAUGGGCACGUUUCGAGGAAGAGAGUGGAACGAGCGAUAAUGUUAGAGAGGUCUUUGGCAUGGCCAUUGAGACCAUGGGCGAGGAUUUCAUGGACGAGAAGCUCUUCAUUGCAUAUGCUCGCUAUGAAGCCAAGCUCAAGGAGUACGAGCGCGCAAGAGCCAUCUACAAGUACGCUCUGGAUCGCAUGCCUAGGUCACAGUCUGCCAACCUCCACAAGCACUACACAACUUUCGAGAAGCAAUAUGGCGACCAAGAAGGCGUUGAGGACGUUGUUUUGUCCAAGCGACGGGUACAGUACGAAGAGCAGGUCAAGGAGAACCCAAAAAACUACGACGCAUGGAUCGACUAUGCGAGAUUGGAAGAGUCAUUGGGUGAUGUGGAGCGCACAAGAGACGUGUACGAGCGUGCAAUUGCUCAAGUGCCUCCAACGCAAGAAAAACGACACUGGCGACGAUACAUUUACAUCUGGAUCUUUUACGCACUCUGGGAAGAGAUGGAGAACAAGGAUAUCGAACGCGCCAGGCAGGUAUACGCUGAGUGUCAAAAGCUCAUCCCUCACAAGAAGUUCACCUUCGCAAAGUUCUGGCUGCUCAAAGCACAAUUUGAGAUCAGACAAAUGCAACUACAAGCAGCCCGCAAGUCGCUGGGCAUCGCAAUUGGCAUGUGCCCGAAGGACAAGCUGUUCCGUGGGUACAUCGAACUGGAACUCAAACUAUUCGAGUUCAUGCGUUGCCGCACAUUAUAUGAGAAACACAUUGAAUGGAAUCCGGCAAACUGCCAAGCAUGGAUCAAGUUCGCGGAAUUGGAACGAGGGUUGGAGGAUCUCGAUCGCACACGCGCUAUCUUCGAACUGGCAGUCGACCAACCGUCUCUCGAUAUGCCAGAACUGCUCUGGAAAGCCUAUAUCGACUUUGAAGAAGAAGAGGGCGAAUGGGACAGGACAAGGGCUUUGUACGAGCGUCUGUUGGAAAAAACAGGCCAUGUCAAGGUAUGGAUCAGUUACGCACAUUUCGAAAUCAACGUGCCAGAUCCAGACGAGGAGGAAGCGGACGAAGACGACGAAGAGGAGAAACCGAUUUCCGAGAACGCAAAGCUGCGGGCGCGCAAGAUCUUCCAACGAGCAUACGAGGACAUGAAGCAAAAGGAUCUCAAGGAAGAGCGCGUGGCUUUACUCAACGCAUGGAAAUCCUUCGAAACGACACAUGGCUCUGCAGCCGACCUCGAGAAAGUGGAGAAACAAAUGCCACGUCGUGUCAAGAAGAGAAGAAAGUUGGCCGAAAACGAGUUCGAGGAAUACAUGGACUAUGUGUUCCCAGCCGACGACGAGAGUGCAGCCAAGAUGUCCAAGUUGUUGCAGAUGGCGCAGGCUUGGAAGAAGGAGCAAGCGAAUGCUUAA